CGUCUGACCGGAAAGGCGCGUUAUAAUAACUCACCGAUCAUUGCGCUGACGACCAGAUAAAAGCUUUCACGGAGCGUCGCAUCUACGUGCUUGCAACUUUCCUACGGCUUCCUGCACGCCGAUCCGAGGGUUCUGCGAUCUCUGCAUUUGAAGGAUUGGAUCAUGUUCUUUCAACAGAGCUCCUCUGGAGCGGGUGCAAUGCUCUCAACGCUCACCCACACAGAUUCAAGGGCUAGUCAAUAUACACCUCGUCCCAUACCAUUGGCCGCGCGAGGUGGCAGGCCAGGCCAGGUGCCUCUCAUCGUCCCAGCUCUGGAGUCUACCGAAUUACGCACGCUCCCUGUUCGCAAUGCCAGUCAACCAACAACACCAGCAGACGAAGAGGCUCCACAAGAUGUUGUGGAGGCCAUGGAACCACUUUCUGGCACAAAAAACAGAUACAGCGGGUGCGCUGAUUCCUUAUAUGGAGAAAUAUUACGAUAUUGGCUACGCCAUUGUCUCUUUGAUCUUCGUCGGUGCCGCUCUGGGCUAUAUCACAGCUGCCCCGGUGGUUGCUAGAGUUCGAAACCAUCUAGGGUUGGCAAAAACGUUUGCGCUUAGCCAGACACUGAUAUGCUGCGGCUACAUUCCGAUAAUCUGCGGUGCCCCCUUUCCGGUUAUUGCCAUCUCGUUCUUCGUCGUUGGGUUUGGAUGUGCUGUCAAUCUCCCCCUCAGCAACGUCUUUUGCGCCAGCUUUUCGAAUGCGCCGACCUUGCUCGGACUUUCCGCUGGCGCGUACGGCCUCGGCGGCAUUGUUAGCCCCUUGAUAGCUACGGCCAUGGUUACGGCAGGCAACCUCGUCUGGAGCCGGUAUUACCUUGUCACUCUUGGUCUCGCUGCUUUCAAUGCCAUAUUUGCGGCCUGGUCUUUCUGGGAUUACGAUAAAGAGUUGCACAUCAGUUACGGUUCGGCACAGACAGUGCCUGAAGCACAACGUGGCCGAGGUUCUGCUACCUUGGCAGCCUUCAAGUCGAGAGUUGUUUUACUUGGGGCCCUCUUCGUCUUUACAUACCAAGGCGCAGAAGUAUCGGUUUCUGGUUGGGUCGUCUCGUUCUUGAUCGAGACUCGAGGUGGCGAUCCUUCACAAGUCGGCUAUGUAUCGGCUGGUUUCUGGGCGGGCAUCACAGUUGGCCGUUUCCUGUUGUCGCCCCUUGGGCAUCGAUUAGGCGAGAAAGGGUUCAUUUACGGCCUUGUAAUAGGGUCGGCCGCCUUUGAGCUUCUCGUGUGGCUUGUACCCAACAUUAUAGGUAACGCUGUGGCUGUAGCCAUAGUCGGCCUGCUCUUGGGCCCAGUCUGGCCUUGUGCUACCAUCGUCUUCACACGCAAUCUUUCCCGCAAGGAGCAGGUCAGCGGGUUGUCAAUCAUCAGCGCUUUCGGCAGCUCCGGAGGGGCUUUCAUGCCCCUUGCUAUAGGUCUUCUCUCCCAGAAGAUUGGUACAUAUGUACUUCACCCUGUUGUUAUUGGGUUAUGUGGGCUUAUGAUCAUUGUCUGGUUUGGUAUCCCAGCAGCGAGAAAGCGACUUGAAUAAUUCUGCAUUCUAAUCGAGAUGUACUCCUAAGAGUUUAUUGGAAAAUGUUGACUGCUACGAUAUUCAAGGCAUUAAGCUGUAGGAUGUGGGAUAAGCCUUGCAUAAUACGUGGAAGUAAAAACACAUAUCAAGCAUGCCUUGUAUUGAGAAGAAGACGCUCCAGACAAACAGAUUGUAUGUCAGAAAUGGGAAAGAAAAGAGAAGUAGUCUUAGAUCUCCCGGCAUAAUGACAAACAGCACGACUCUCACCGUUUCAUUUCGAGAUUACAUGUAAUUUAGCUGUCAACAGCAGCUCUGUUCACAAUAAUUCCC